AUGUGUAUCAGAGAUACUUAUUAUCCAUUAUUAAUCGCCUGUUUGGUGGUUGGCGGCAUUGCUGUCGGCUUGAGGCUAUGGGUUCGGAUUGUGAAGAAGGCCAUAGGUUACGACGAUGUGGUCAUGCUUCUUUCUCUGGCUGGAUUUAUUAUCUUUUGCGCUAUGGAGCUUCAGGCAAUACGAUACGGCGUUGGGGCCACAGUGAUGGAAGACGGGUUUGACCCUACCAAAGCAGCGAUAUUUUUUACAAUCGCUCAGAUCGCCUACAUACUUACGACCGGCCUAUCGAAGCUCGGCGUUGGACUUGUUCUCUUUCGCCUCGCGAGUGGCGCCAACAUGAGGGGAGUCCGAAUCAUCCUCAUUAUCUCCAUGAUAAUCGUCACGCUAUGGUUCUUGGUUAUAACGCUGAUAUUCGGCCUCCAGUGUCGACCGCUAUCCGUCGGAUGGGGUGUUGGAGAGGGCGCAUGCCUCUCAACCUCUGCUCUUGGGACCACUGGUCUUGCUCUAUCCGGCAUGGACGUCACAGUCAGUUGGUUUUAUGCGCUUCUUUCUGUCUGUAUGCUAUACAAGACUCAGCUUCGUCUCAAGAUCAAGAUCAUGAUCAUGGUUCUACUCGGCCUCGGUGCCGUGAGUUCCAUCGCAAUCAUUGUGCGCAUCAAGUACCUCGUUGAUUCGAGUCGACUGACAUGGGCCUCUGAGAGUCUCACGACCCAAGAUUCCGUCGAGAUCACACUUGAAGGAACGGUCUAUUCUAUCCUAGAGAUUGCCCUUAGCAUUCUAGCCGCUUCGUUGACGGCGCUUCGGCCGUUGUUGAUGAAGAUACCCGGACUUAGAGGUGACCCUUCUCGGCGAGUUGGAUUGGGCUCUGUAAUCACGUUUGGUCAUGGAGGUGACAUAAAGAUUCCCUCUUAUUGCCUAGACGAUAGAGACAUAUCGGUCAUUGACAGUCAAGAGCAUAUUGUGCCUGAGAGGCCGCUGACAUCGGGUUAA